AACUUAUUUUUAUCAUUUUAUUUAAUUCAAAAUUUUUGCAUUUGUAAAUUUUAUUUAAUUCAAAAUUUUUGCAUUUGUAAAUUGAAAAAAUAAAUUUAACGAAUAGGAAGAGAUAUUUUUGUAAAAACUAGUGCUGCCAUCUGAGAGAUGUCUAGGGAAUUACUUUGAACUAUAAAUGAUUAUUCUCCAAGCUCAAUUAAAUUUGAAAUUAUUGCUUUAUAUAAUGUGAUAUAAAGGCUAAUUUAAAGAGAUAUAAUAAUUAGAUAUUGUAAGUGUUAUUAGCUAAAUGAAUAAUUAAUCUUUAUAACAAUGAAAAGAAAAUUUAUAUGAAUUAACACACCGACCAAUGACGUUAUGUUAAUACACUUCAUUAUAAUUUCUACCAAUAAACCUCCGUCGUUCGGCUUGUAAUGACGCAAAACGUCACGCCUACCGUCAAUCGUUAACACACGACUUCCAAUUGGUUGAUUUUGAUAACUUAACAUUCUAGAACGAAAUGAUUGACAGACGAGCUUUGAAUCAACGAAUAAAUGAGUAUAUCAAGUUCUAUUCGAUUAUUCUUGACAAAUAUUGAAAAUAUUCAAUAAUGACACAAAGCUAAUGGCAUAAGAAAUAAUUUCAAUAUAGGAAUUUAAAUGGGAAUUUGACGUCACGGCAAACUUUUUCCGAUAUUUCUCCCGGUUGUAUUUUUAUCUAGACGGUGUAUGUAUGUGAAAAUUCGUCACCCUUAUACCUUCAGUAAAGUCCUGUUUGCACUAUUGUUAACGAACAAUACAGUGGACAAGUUCUCAAGCUGAAAACCUACCGAAGAACGAGAUGCCAGUUGUAAUCUGUGUCUUUCUUUGUCCCUUACAAAAUAGAAAGGAAUUAGUAGAUCUCCACCACCUAAUUUCUCUCGACAGUCCUACUCCAGAGUAGCUUCUCUCGCUUUAUACCUUUCUAUCUCCGUUUUUCUUACAGAAAAAGUGGGAUUUAGUCGGGGGGACACUUUGGGUUCUGGCACUUUUUCCCUAAGAUCUACCAAAAUCAAGGAUUAGAAGCGACGUUUAAUUUUAGAAUUUAAACCCUUUCUUUUGCCUCUUCUAAUCGUAAAGAUAUUGCUUUAAAAUAUGUUUCCUUGAAUGGUAAAUUAAGCAGUUGCGCUAAUUCGUUGAGUGACGUCAUGUGUAAAUAACCAAUGAGAAUAGGGAUGAUCGGCGUUGUUGGCGGUCAGUGAUUGACGUCAGGCAUUUGGACCCGUUUUGCUCGAUGAUGAUCGUCUUGUUUAGGAGAUGAGUUGCCGCAUCAUCCUCAUUUUGACUUACAUGUUCAUUACUUGCGAGUCUUCUUGGUGGUUUUUAAGUCAAAUUCAGGCUUCGUCCGUGGGUGUGCGCGUUAUAUGCGAAAACAUCCCGGGAUUGGCUAAAUAUCAGAAGAUUCUUUGCCAGAAAUAUCCAGAUAUUAUGAUGAGCGUAGGAAGAGGAGCAAGAUUAGGAGUGGGAGAAUGCCAGUAUCAAUUUAACAAUCAGAGAUGGAAUUGCACCACCGUAAAUAGGGAUGCUUCGGUUUUUGGUAAAAUACUCCUUAGAGUAGGUAGCCGCGAAUCGGCUUUCGUAUACGCCAUCAGUUCUGCCGGAGUAGUACAUUCCAUUACCCGAUCGUGCAGUAAUGGCGACUUGACCAAUUGCGAGUGCGAUCCUACUAAAGUGGGAGUUCAAUACGAUGUCGGAGGUAAAUUCACUUGGGGUGGUUGUUCCGAUUAUAUUAAAUACGGCAUGAAAUUCGCUAGAAAGUUCGUAGAUGCCAGAGAGAGGAAGCAAAGGGACGCUAGAGCCUUGAUGAAUCUGCAUAACAACAGAGCCGGAAGGAAGGCCGUCCAGAAUCACGUGGAAUUACAGUGCAAAUGUCACGGAAUAAGCGGAUCGUGCACGGUUCGCACGUGUUGGAUCUCCAUGAUGGAUUUUCGCAACAUCGGUAAUUAUCUGAAAAAGAAGUACGACGGAAGCGUACAAGUAAUGGUGAAUCAAGCGGGAACAGAAUUAAUAGUUGCCAAGAAGAAUUAUAAAAAACCUACCAAGUCGGAUUUAGUAUAUUUCGAAUCGUCACCAGACUAUUGUAACAGUAACGAUAAAACAGGAACACUAGGUACAGCGGGACGCGAAUGCAACCGAACUUCUAUGGGAACCGACGGUUGCGAUAUUAUGUGCUGUGGAAGGGGUUACGACACCAAACGAGUAAUGAGAGUGAACAAGUGCGGCUGCAAGUUUUAUUGGUGUUGUGUAGUGAAGUGUGAACAAUGCGCACAAUUACAGGACGUGCAUACUUGUAAAGAUGUCAAACAGUGAAGAGAUAUUUUUAAAAAAAAUAUGAUCGGAUGUUCGUGCCUUAUUAUCGAAGUAACUCCGAUAUAUACUGUAAUAUUUAGAAGUUAUUAUUUAAGCAGAAAUAAUAAAAUAUCCUGAUGUACCAAUCGCAUUUCGUUAGUAAUAGCAAAUAUUGAAUUUUUUUCCCACGAUU